AUGGCCGUCCCAUCGCAGCGUACGCUGCGCGUCGUCUGCAUUUUACUCCUCAUCGUCCUCCCCUGCCUCGUCGAGGCCAAGCGGAAAAAAAAGAAGGGAGACACGCCACCCCUGCCGUCCGUCCGCUUCUACAAAUCUACAGUUAAAGUCUCUUACGCGGGAGUAGCGAAAAUUACCGCCACGGCCGCGCAAGGCGCGGGGGUUCAGAGCCGACAAGUGCUGGAGACUCCAAGAAGUCAACUCGGUAGCCGCCGUCUAUUGCAGGACGACAGCAUUGUGAUCGAUACCUCGGCUACCGACCCUUCUGCCGAGCCUGCUGAGGACGAAGGGCAGCCGGACCUGGACUUCGAUCCUCGGCCGCUGCUCCCGCCCGCGGAUCUGACCGGAGCCACCGCGGACCUCGCGGCGGCCAAGAAGAGGAAGCCCAAGACGUUUCUAUCGCUGACGGCCGCCAGCUUCUCGCCGUCAGUUCUCAAGAGCGGCGUCUCCGCCUAUCAGACGGCCUCCACGGGCACCGCCGCAUACGCCGGCACGCACGGCGACUCGACCGUGCCUGACCCAUCCGUGUGCGCCGGCAGCAACUACGUCGUGCAAGUCGUCAACUGGGCUAUCGUGGUGUUCGACGGCAGAGGCCAGGCGCUCACGGCGCCGGUGGCGCUGAACGAGUUUCUGGGCGUGAAUCCGUAUCGCGGCAGCGGCACGGUGGGCGAUCUCGUGACCAAGGCGUCGUGCGUCUACGACUCGGCGACCAAGCGAUUCUUCCUCUCCGCCGCAUGGCUGGCCGGUAACUCGAACGCGUACGACAAGUUCGGCCAGACGCGCAAGGACAACAAGGGCGUCUCGCGCGGCUCGGGCAUCGUGCUCGCCGUCUCUGCCGCGGAGAAGCCGCUCGACGCGUGGAGCGUCUAUUUCGUCGGAACCACUAACGACGGAACCAACGGCCCGGAUGAUCACCUGGCGCCGCUCGCGUAUUCCGGCGAGCUGUUCUACAACACGUACCCGCGGCUCGGGGUGGACGCGAACGGAGUGUAUGUGACGACGCAGCAGGCGACGUACUCGAAUGUGGACGACGUGUGGCAGGGCAGCAACAUCUUUGCAUUCAGCAAGGCCGCUCUCCUCAAGCAAGCGGACAUCACAGCCGUCCGAUUCGCGCUCCCGCGCAUGUCCCGCACGGAUCAAACGGUCCUCCAGUACUGGACCAUCGAGCCCGCCGCGUCCCCCGCGGACGGCAAGUACGACCUAACCAACAAGGGCACCAUGUGGUUCGGAGCCUACGACGUCUCCUGGGCCAUGUCCGGCCACUCAGCAGUCUUCGCCUUCGCGCUCACCAAUACCGUCUCUCUCUCAGCCAACAACCCCACCCUCACGCUGCUCACUGCGAUCGCCAACUGCUCGUUCUACUACGACUGGUCGAGUUCCCAGCAAAAGCCUGGGCUCGCGCCGCUCGCCGAAUCCUACAACAAGGAUACGCCGCUGAUCGUCCCUCCCCGGAGCACGUCGGUGGCGCUAUCAACCGGAUUUCUGUGGAUGGUGGUGCCGACCGGGACGACCAUUUCGCCAAAUUCCGAGGCUGGGUUCAUGCUGGUGAAGAUGAAGGCCACGGUUGCCAAGGGCCCCUCGCCCGCGCUGACGCUCGCGGUGGCUAGCGCGAUGAUCUACAACGUCCCCAUGAACAACCUCAUUGCUCCCACCAUUGCCUUCAACAAGCUAGGCAAGGGCAUCAUACUGGCGACGCUCGUUAGCCCCAACAGCUACCCCACUGUGGGCUUUGUGCGCGUCACCAAGGCAGGAAUCAACCCAAAGGACCUCAAGUUCUACACCGUUGUGCAGAGCUCUGCACCGCUUGACGUUGACUCGCCAAGCUACUCGACAAAGAGCACGGACGCGGUAGCGUUCGUCCGCUACGGCACCACACAGGCGCUGGCAGUGGACGCCACGGGCACCGUGUGGGCGGCAGGGCAGUACGCUACAGAGGAGCGCACCACCCGCAACAACUGGGCGACCAGCCUCUUCUCCGUCACCCCUUGA